CAGUCAAGUCGGGUUUGAAAGUGAAGUAUAAGAAGCCGAGCUUUCCUCCUCACUGCCGGUUUAAUUCACCUUCCUGCUGAUUUAUACUCGAGCGCUGAAGUAAAGGGCUGUGUUUGAGUAGGUCCUGCGAUUAUCUUUCAGCCUCCAAAAUGGCACAGAAGAUCAAGGCUGGAUCUGUUGUAGAGCUGCAAGGAGAUGAGAUGACCAGGGUGAUCUGGGAGCUGAUUAAAGAGAAGCUCAUCUUUCCUUACUUGGAGUUAGACCUGCACAGCUAUGACUUGGGCAUUGAGAACCGCGAUGCCACGGAUGACCAGGUGACCGUGGAGGCUGCUGAAGCAGUGCGUCGCUACAACGUGGGCAUCAAGUGUGCCACCAUCACACCUGAUGAGAAGCGUGUGGAGGAGUUCAAACUCAAGCAGAUGUGGCGCUCCCCCAAUGGUACCAUCCGGAACAUCCUGGGUGGCACCGUGUUCCGCGAAGCUAUCAUAUGCAAGAACAUCCCGCGCCUGGUACCCGGCUGGACCAAACCAAUCAUCAUCGGUAGACACGCCCACGGAGACCAGUACAAAGCCACAGACUUUGUCGUUCCUGGACCUGGAAGACUGGAGAUGACGUACACGCCCAAGGAUGGAGGGAAGCCUCUCAACUUUGUCGUCCAUGACUUUGAAGGCACGGGUGGCGUGGCUCUGGGCAUGUACAACACAGACAAGUCCAUCCGUGACUUUGCUCACAGCUCCUUCCAGAUGGCAUUGUCCAGAGCCUGGCCUCUCUACCUCAGCACCAAGAACACCAUUCUCAAGAAAUACGACGGCCGCUUCAAAGACAUCUUUCAGGAGAUCUUUGAGAAGGACUAUAAGUCCCAGUUCGAGGCUAAGGGGAUCUUGUACGAGCACAGACUUAUUGACGACAUGGUGGCCCAGGCAUUGAAGUCUGAUGGAGGAUUUAUCUGGGCCUGUAAGAACUACGACGGAGACGUGCAGUCUGACUCUGUGGCGCAGGGUUACGGCUCUCUGGGUAUGAUGACCAGUGUGCUGGUGUGUCCUGAUGGGCGCACGGUGGAGGCUGAAGCUGCUCAUGGCACAGUCACACGUCACUAUCGCCAACACCAGCAGGGUAAAGAGACGUCCACUAACCCUAUCGCCUCCAUCUUUGCCUGGACGCGAGGGCUGCUGCAUCGGGCCACUCUCGAUAAGAACACUGAGCUCCAGGUCUUUGCCCAGGCUCUGGAAGCCGUCUGCAUUGAGACCAUCGAGGCCGGAUUCAUGACCAAAGAUCUGGCCAUCUGUAUCAAGGGCAUGGCCAAUGUGCAGCGUGCAGACUACCUGAACACCUUCGAGUUCCUGGACAAGUUGGCGGAGAAUCUGAAGGUCAAGCUGUUGAGCCAACCCAAACUGUGAAGCCGUCCUUUAUGCUCAACACACUCACACUGCACACACAGGAACAGAGGACUGACACACUCUGAUCUCAAGCCCUUGUCCAGUACCAAUCCACAGGCACGGUCAACCUCCCUCCUGUCCUGGCCUGUGCGAAGACACACAGGACCAUGCCACUACUACCAGAGGGGGCACUUUCAGGUGGAAGAAAAGAAAGCGCCAUUUGUAAAGGGUUUGAGAUCGCAUACACUCGGCUCUAACUGUUUUUUCACCGUUUUAGUUUCAGCGAAGAAUCCUGUGCUUACUAUGUUAAGUUGAAUACAUUUGAAGCGUCAGGUUUAUGCUCAAUCCUCGGCAUUGUUUUAAUAUCGUAAGGUUUCGUUUGCACUAGUACCAAUAUAACAAAUUUACAUUUUUAAUUUUCCCGAGGCAGUAACGCAUGUAGGCCAUGUUCUGGCCAGGUUGUGUCAGGGUUUUAGAAGACUUGUUGCCUUUGUGUGUGUGUGAUUUAUAUAUGUGCGUGUGUGUGGUGUCUUUUCAUAGUUUAGGUCAGCAUAAAAGCCAUCACCAGCAGAACAGAUUCUGAGAAAAUGCUUUUCCAUCCAGCUUUAGAAGUGUUUUCAAGAAUGUGCUGUUGUUGUUAGUCAGUCUUCGGCUAAUAAUAAUUAAAAACUGCACUACAAA